AUGAACACAGGCAAGAUCAUCCUCGGCCUGAAAAUCAACCUGAUCCUAUUUCAUGUUGGAGCUGCUGCCCUGUGCACUAUCUCCAUCUCUCAGACAUCUCUCCUCGAGGUGGACUACACCAAGAAGAAUGUUACGAUGCAAUGCUCCUUCACCACCUCAGGGUGCCCCUCGGAGCAACCAACAAGCCUGUGGUUCCGCUAUGGAGCACAAAAGACUGAGAACCUGUGCGUGCAUGGCUGUAGGAGUGACAAAUUCACAGAGAGCAGACACCAGGCUGAGAAUCAAGUUUCCCUCACAGUAAACAAUGUGCAAGUCAAUGACAGCGCAAUCUACAUCUGCGGAAUCGCCUUUCCCACAUCGGGGGAUCCCAGAGCAAAGCAAACGGGAAAUGGGACCCUGCUGGUGGUAAGAGUUUCCAAAGUCAACAAGGUGCAGACACUCCUGAUAGUUGUCUUAGCACUGCUCUCUAUUUACAUCGUCGGACUGGGUGUGGUCUUCAUAGUCCUUUCCAAAACAAAAUCUAACGAUCAAAGAAAAAAAGUAACAGAAGACUCACAAAAGAAAAAAAGUGCUCGGCGUGUCUUUCAGGAAAUAGCUCAAGAACUAUAUAAUAAGAGACACAUGGAAACAAGAUAUCCACCUGAGAAAGAGGACACUUAUGAAAACAGAAGUGCACUUUCCAAGUAUGAAAGACCAUAGAAAGGUUUUCAUUUUGUAUGACAUCCUCAGAAAUUCAACAGCAAGUCAUGGCAGUAAUAGUGGGCAUAAAUGUAUGAAGACUUUAAUCAAAGAAUGCAAAAUAAAUGGAAAAACUGCCUGGCUAUAAGCA